CGCGAUUUCCAAUAAUUACCUUAUACAUAUUUUUAUUAAGAACACAUCUGAUUAACGUAACAGUUCCAACCAAAAAAAAUAAAUAAAUGAAUAAACUUUGAAUUGUAGUUUAGAAGUAUUUCGUAGUUUCAGACUUUCAGUGGCCAAAAACUACUGUAGUUAUUCGGUUGGCAUCGAUAAGAGAUGGAGGAAAUUGCUGUGGUUAUGGUUCCACUUCCAGCUCAAGGCCACCUGAACCAGCUCCUCCACCUCUCCCAUCGCAUCUCAGCCCACGGUUUACCGGUUCACUUCGUCGGAACACCGGUCCACAACCGCCAAGCCCAGGUCCGGCUUCACGGCUGGGAUCCUCAGGCCACUUCUAAGAUUCAUUUCCACGACUUCUCCACAACUUUUCCGUCCCCACCUCCAAACCCAAACUCCACCAAUAAACACCCUGUUCAACUCCUCCCUUCCUUUUAUGCAACGGUCCAUCUCCGGGAACCCAUUUGCGAACUUGUCAAGAAACUCUCUAUUACUUCAAAAAGAGUCGUUGUGAUUCACGAUUCUCUCAUGAGGUACGCAAUCCAGGAUGUUGAAACCAUACCAAAUGCCGAAUCCUACUGUUUCCACACCCCGUCAGCUCUUGCAAUGUACACAUAUUAUUGGCAAAGGGCUGGAAAACUGGUCACGGUCAACGGCGAGGCCAUAGAUGAUGUCUUGCGCGGUGGUGCGACGGCCAGAUUACCCCAAGAAUUAGCCCAAUUUUUUCAGAUGCAAGCGGAAUUUUCCAAGAAACGUAACUGGGGAAAUCUUUACAACACUAACAGAGCAAUAGAUGGGGAAUAUCUAAACUUGAUUGCUCGGGAGGAACCUUUUGCCGCUGAAAAGCAUUGGGCAAUUGGUCCUUUCAAUCCUACAGACAUCAUCAGCCAGAAGAACAGAGCAUCUGAUAAAAAACGACACAAAUGCUUAGACUGGCUUGACAAACAACCGGCCAAUUCAGUCAUCUUCAUUUCCUUUGGGUCGACGACUUCCUUAUGCGAUAAACAAGUUGAGGAAAUUGCAAUUGGGUUGGAUAAAAGCGGAGUGAAGUUCAUCUGGGUUUUAAGGGAUGCUGACAGAGCAGACGUUUUUGCUGGAGAAAGCAGGAGAGCUAAUUUGCCUGAUGGAUUUGAGGAUAGAAUAACCAAAUCAGGGAAAGGGAUGAUCGUGAGAGAUUGGGCGCCUCAAUUGGAAAUUUUGGGACAUUCAUCAACGGGUGGAUUCAUGACUCAUUGCGGAUGGAAUUCUUGUAUUGAGAGUAUUAGUUUUGGGGUUCCAAUGGCGGCAUGGCCAAUGCAUUCCGACCAGCCAAGAAAUGCGAUUCUGGUGACUAAACAUCUGAAAACUGGUGUAAGGGUCGGAGAAUGGGGCCACGACGGGGAAUUGGUCAACGCCAAUGAGGUUGAAAAGGCUAUAAAGAGAUUGAUGGAUUCGGGUGAAGGAGAUGAGAUGAGGAUGAGGGCAGCAGCAAUCCGGGAUGCCAUUAGAAAAUCAGUGGAAAAGGACGAUGAAGACGAUACUACCAGAACAGAGAUGGAUGCUUUUAUUUCUCAUCUUACUAGGUAGAUUUAGUCCUCAUUCUUUGCAAUUUGUUUUCUUUGUCUGCAUAAUGUAUUUCAUCAUCUAAGAGUGGGAUUAUAUAUUCUCUAAAAAUAAAAAAUAAAAAAUUAAGGCAUAAGUCGGAAAGUAUCCGGAUGUUGACUUGGUUAUAGACUUAUAGGAUACAUCUCACCGUAAGAUAUAUGCUUCAAACCGUAUAU